AUGUUACCUUCCGCCUUUCUGGGAGUUGUAGCCGCAGUUAGCUCUGCAUCUGCCGCCUCGGUGGUGUCGCAAUUAUGGAACUUCACCGAGUAUGCUGUGACUAUCGAAAACAGCGCUCUCCGGUCUAACGGCCAGCUUCUUCUCACCACCUUCGACGACGGCAGCCUCUACACCUUGGACACUCUGACAAAUGGAUCCGGAGCCGAGCUCGUUACCAAGCUCCCGGGAGCCACGGCUAUCGGUGGCAUCGCAGCAACCAGCGCAGACAAGUUCGCUAUCUUGGGCGGCGUUCGCGGCAACAACUACUCCUACACCAACGAAAGCGUCUAUAUAGUUGACUUCAGCGACGGAGAGAGCUCCAAGCCCACUGUCAACGUCGUCGCCAGACUUCCCAAUGCCGUCAUGCUCAACGGGCUCGCCUCUCUGCCGUCUAAGCCUUAUGUUGUCUUGGCUACCGACUCGCGCCUUGGCAGCAUCUUCCGCAUCGAUACCCAGACUGGAGCGACUGAGAUGGCAAUUACCGACGACCUCUUUGCUGCCCCCGCAAAUGCCACCAUUCCCAUUGGUAUCAACGGGAUCAAGAUUGCAGAUGGGUAUGCUUACUUCACGAACACCGCACGAACCAGUUUUGGCCGCGUUCCUAUCACUGAAGAUGGCUACAAAGCUGGCGAUGUUGAGAUAUUGGCGGUUGCGUCCGGGGGCUAUGCUUGGGAUGACUUUGUUAUUGAUGCGUCGGGCAACAUCUUUGCCGCCCAGACCCAGAACGCACUGGGCCAGGUUUUCGUGAACGGAACGUAUGUCACGGUCGCUGGCGGUGGCGAUACCACCUUCAUUCAUCGUCCGACCUCUGUUGCCGUUUCCGAGGAUAACAAGACGUUGUUCGUGACCACUGGUGGAAAUACAGUAGACGGUGUGACAUACAGUGGUCAGGUUCUGGCAGUGGAGCUGUGA